AUCGUCGUCGAUCGGAGCUGGCCUAGCCAGCCGGCGGGUGAGCGGUGGAGCGAUCGCGACAAGUGCCGGAAUCAAAAUAAAUGAGGGCAUGUUCUGGCUUGAGAUACGAUGGAUUCAUUCAGUGAACUACAUGAGAACUUGUUACAAGGACAUUGCCUGUGUCACAUCGAGAUGGGAAACAUCCUGGAACUGCUAGAUCUUGGUUCACAGGUCAGAGGUCAAGGGUUAGAAGGAGAGAUUUCUUUUACCACCAGAGAUCAAGUCUUGGUGAAGUUAGGCUUGAUCACUAGUAUUCAUGAGAUUAACCACUGCAGCAACAUAGAGCAAGUGCAGCAAGCCCUCUGUUCAUCAGAGAAUUUAGAGCUUCUGCUCCCCAUGUUAGGCUCAAGGGAUCAGCUUAUUGCACAUAGUGCCAGUCGAUGCCUAGAAGCUCAUUUGCUGCUAUUAGCCAAGUUUGAAAAAGAUAAGGUGGAAUGUUUUCUGAAAGAGGCUAUCAGGUGUAUGCUUCAUCACAGAGGAGAGCUGGAGCAGGAGGUGUCUUCAGCCGUCAACAGGACCGUCUUUACUCUGGAUCUCAUGUCUAAUAUCUUGAGAGGAGAAUCUGCAAAGUCUGGCAAAACAAAAGGAGCCACACCUACUCUACCUUGUAUGGGGAAUUCCACAUCAGCCACAAAUGAGGGCAGCAGACCCAUUGAGCACACUAGUGAUGGUCACUCCGUCUGGUACUACAAUGUCAUCAAGGAGAGUAUCCUCAAGCUUUGUGCAGGCUUUUCAAAUCAGUUUGAUGAAGCUUCCAAUGCACACCAUGCCAGCGAACAUGAACAAUCCUCUAUCUCCUGGCUCCACUCAUUGAAUAUUGCUUUUAAACACAAGAUCUACCAUGCUUUUCUAAGACUUCUCUUGUCAUUUACCAAAGAACAGAUGUGUACAGAGAGAGGCCCCUUCAGCACAUUAUAUUUUAUACAGUCAGUUUUGCCUCACCUACAAGCAGUACUAGUGACUUAUUCCCAUGGUAGCAUUGCCAAUUUGAAGAUGGUGCUCGGUGUACUGAUCAUGUUCCUGCAGGCAUGUGUCAAAGCUAGUGAGAGUGCAAAGUGUGGAGCAGUUGAAACAAGUGACAUAGGGCUUCUGCAAUCAUUACAUUCAUCAUGGAGUGGACUUCUUGCAGACAUCUGUGAAGAUCUGUGGUUAGAACAGAUGCCAUAUCACAAAGGACCUGUUGGUUUUGGCGGAUUCACAUUUGCAUCCGAAGAAGUGCAUGAUAGAUCUUCAGAGGAGUACAUCAGAGGAGACAUAGUGAUCCUGAGAAAGCUUGCUCAGCUGGUUUUACUUGGUGUAGAAUUAGGAAUAUCCUCUGGAAUAGAAUUUAGACCUCUGGCCAGAAACUUUUACCAAAUGUGUCAUUUCAUUGAGUCCAAAUUGCAAGAGGCAUUGCUGCAGCAGGAAGAAUCAAUGGAUCAAGGAAGAUGGAUCUUUGAAAUAUUUGGUGAUCAAGAUGAUACUCUGAUAGAAAUAAUGCUUAUACUCUUGAAGAUCAGUCUGUCAGCACAGACACACCUUGAAGAGGAAAGCGAUGAAUCAUCCAAUAGUGAGAGCAGAGGAGAAAUUGGUGAUCCUGAGAACAAAAUUCCUGCUGAGAAGUCGGGAUGCAUUCUUGAUGCACAUCACAUCUUUGUCUCUUUCUUGGAUCACAUGUCUUGGGACAACAGUAUCUUGCUUGAUCUGCUUAUUUCAACGGAAACAGAGUUCCUAGAGUAUUUCAUCAGGUAUCUGCGAUUUGUAACAAAUAAUUGGCAAGGGUUUAUUCGGGUUCAGAAGCUUUUCAGAAAGAAAGAAGAGGAUAAUGAUAAUGUUUCAUGUGAGAUGCCUACAGGGGACAAUGCCAGUGGCGAUGAUGGUAGUCAUGAUGAUGAUGAUAUUUUUGAUGGUUGCAGCAAUAUUGAUGAGGAUAUUAAUGAAACUAGAAUUAGUAAAGAUGAUGUCGGUGACAAUACUUUAGAUGAUCAUAUGGAGAACGAUGUCAGUAGGAACAAAACCAGUGCUAACAAGAAUGAUCUCUGUGGACAAACUGAACCAGUGUCCCUUCCACAGGCAUCCGAAAAAUUUCCUGUUAAACGGAAAUGGGAUAUUGAAGAAGCACAUGAAAAUGCAACAAGGAGAAUAAAGAAAACACAAGGAGAAGAGUUUCUCAAUGUCCCUUUACCACUUGAUACAAAACAGUCUAGUCAUGAAGACUGUAGCAUGAAUGACCCCUUGGCAUCAGAGUUGGGUUGUUUAGACGAUACCAUGACCGUCUUGAUUCGACUCCGUCUUGCCAUAGAAAGGCUGGACAGGAAACGUCUUUUCCCAUUCUUGGCUGCGCCUCUCAUCAGAAUACUUGUCAAAGUAGAAGAUAUGUAUGAAGCAAUGGAGGGUUGACAUAUGUCAAUGGAUGGUUUAAGAUAACGAUUAGAGCACUGCAACCAUGAACUUAAAAUGAGGCUGAUACUGGAAUUGAUGUCACUGGUACAGAGAACUUGCUUCUAAGAUUUUCGACAGAUGUGAAUAGGUAAGGAUUUUCGAUGGCAUCUUUACUCCUUGCCAAUAAAUCAGAAUAUGGGAGGAACCAACCAAGGCAGAUAGAAAUUACAAAGAAGAUAGGACUGAUGCUGGCAGUUGAUCUUCGGCCAUUCAAUAUGGUAGACAAUGUUGGCUUCCGAGAUCUCGUUCAUGCACUUGAUCCCGAUAUUGAAUUCCAUCACAACCUGUCUUCUCGGAGAGCUUUAUCCCGAGCUUGUAUCACGAGGUGAAAAGGAACCUGAAGGCGGACAUAGCAACCACUGUGGGAGGAAUCAGUUUUACAACCGACAUGUGGCGGAGCGGACAACACACAGAAUAUAUGUGUGUCACGUUUCACUGGAUUGUGUUCGACGA